UUCAUGACCAGAUCACCACAUUGCUAACCCAGUGCAAGUGUCUGAGGAACUUAUCAAGUGUAACGACAUCUGGAUCUGGGAUUCUGCUCUUGCGUCUGGCAAAAAAGUCCAGCUGGAAAUUUAUUUAAAAAUUUAAAAAUAAUAAUUUUUGAAUUAAUUUUGAAUUUGUAAUUAAUUACAAAUAUGGGAGAGCUGGAGUUACUUAAAAACACUAUUGGUUUAAGUGAACAAAAAGCUAAGGAGACUUUAAAAAAUGUCCAGGUUACUAAGAAUUUGAUGACUUGUAUUGCUGAGGCUGAGAAACAUGGAAAGAUUGAUAAAGACUCGGGAAUUUUGUUGUAUCACUUGGCCUCGAAGAUCAAGGCACAAAUAAUUGAUAAGUUGGCUUUUGUGUCUGAGUAUAUUGUCAAGAAAAAGUUGGACACUACUCAGCGAGUUGAUGCUGCACUGAGUUAUUUGAUGAGCAACAUCAGAGAUAAUGUUGAUGUUAAAGAGUUUGAAGAUGCUUGUGGAGUCGGAGUUGUUGUCACUCCGGAGCAGGUUGAGGCUGAGGUUGAGAAAUGCAUCAAGAAGCAUUUGGAGGAAAUUAAAGAGAAGAGGUAUCGAUUUAAUUCUGGUCCGCUGAUGCAAGAAGUGAGGACUGCAUUGAAGUGGGCGAGUGGCGAGUCUAUUAAAAAUGAAAUCGGGGUGCAAAUGAUUGAUAUUCUGGGUCCCAAAACCGCCGAAGACGAAGCGCCGGUUGGUAAAAAUCAAAAGCAAGCUAAAGUUAAAGUAGAUAAGGAAAAAUAUGUUAAAAAAGAUGACAAAAAUGAUAAGAAAGAAUCCAAAGCUGCUGAUGACAGUUCAAGUGACUCAGCGAAGACAAUAAGCGAGUUGAUGAAAACAAAAGUACACUUUCAUAAACCCGGUGAAAAUUACACGACAAAUGGUUACAUUGUGACACCAAACACUCACAGACUACUAGCCGAGCAUUUGAAAGUAACUGGCGGCAAAGUAAGAACGCGAUUUCCACCAGAGCCCAACGGAAUUCUCCAUAUUGGCCAUGCGAAAGCGAUAAAUAUUAAUUUUGGGUACGCAGCAGCCCACGAUGGCAUCUGUUAUCUACGUUACGAUGACACGAAUCCCGAGAAAGAGGAAGAGAAAUUUUUUACUGGGAUCCGUGACAUGGUCGGGUGGCUGGGCUAUGAACCCGCGAAGAUAACGCACUCGUCUGAUUACUUCCAGGAGUUGUAUGAACUAGCAGUGAAGCUGAUUGAGAAGGGACAUGCGUAUGUUUGUCACCAGAAGAGCGAGGAGAUGAAGGGGUUCAAUCCUCCGCCAAGCCCCUGGCGCGAACGUCCAGUUGCUGAAAGCCUCCAGCUGUUCGAGGACAUGAAGAACGGAAUGCUUGAGGAGGGAGAAGCCACUCUGAGGAUGAAAGUGACAUUGGAGGAGGGUAAGCAGGACCCAGUAGCAUAUCGGAUCAAAUAUACUCCACAUCACCGGACUGGUGAUAAGUGGUGCAUCUACCCGACUUAUGACUUCACUCAUUGUCUUUGCGACAGCAUUGAAAAUAUCACGCACUCACUCUGCACGAAAGAGUUCCAGUCCCGUAGAUCCUCGUACUACUGGCUGUGCAACGUCCUGGAUCUUUACUGCCCAGUCCAAUGGGAGUAUGGUAGAUUAAACAUCAGUUACACGGUCGUGUCUAAGAGGAAAAUCGCUAAAUUAAUUGACGAAGGGAUCGUCGCUGACUGGGACGACCCCAGGCUGUUCACUUUGACAGCUUUGAGAAGACGCGGAUUCCCAGCGGAAGCUAUCAACAACUUCUGUGCGCAAAUGGGAGUCACUGGAGCCCAAGCUGUCGUAGAUCCAGCGGUCCUCGAAGCUGCUGUUCGCGACGUUCUCAAUAACACGGCACCUAGACACAUGGUCGUAAUUGAUCCUAUCAAAGUCACGAUUGCAAACUUCAAAGACAACUCACCGACCAAAAUUGACGUUGCCGAUUUUCCUACUGAUCAGGCGAAAGGCCAGCAUUCAAUUGCCUUCGACGAAAUUGUAUACAUCGAAGCCUCGGACUUUAGAGAACUAGAGGAAAGAGGUUUCAGACGAUUGACUCCCAAGCAGCCGGUGGGUUUGAAGUAUGCAGGAGUAGUUUUAACUCUUCAGAGAAUUGAGAAAGAUGCCGCUGGAAAAAUUACCGGUCUGGUGGUGCGCCAAGAGCCGGUCAGCGACAAAAAUAAACCCAAGGCUUUUAUCCACUGGGUCGCCAAGCCUAAACUAGCUUCCGUGCGUCUCUACGAGCGAUUGUUCAAACACAAGAAUCCAGAGGAUACCAAUGAAGUUCCCAAUGGUUUCCUCAGUGACAUCAACUCGCCGAGUAAGAGAGAAGUCGUCGGCUACAUCGACACAAGUCUUGAAAGUAUUUCCAAACCAUUCACUCAGUUUCAAUUUGAACGAAUCGGUUUCUUCUCUAUCGAUCCCGAUACACGUCCAGGAAAGCUUGUCUUCAAUCGGACAGUGACACUUAAAGAAGACGCGGGAAAAGUAUAAAUUACAAAUUGAAUUUUUAAAAAAAUUAUCAAUCAAUAGCUUUUGUACCAAUUAAAUUAAUUAAUUAAAUUAUUGUUUUGUAUGACGUACAAUAAAUAAAAUAAUUAAUUCAUCAUA